AUGGGCGACAAACCUCGACGCUCAGUGUCUGGCCUCAUCAACUGGGAGAAACGAAAGGCAGAGUACCGGCACAUUGAUCAGCACAUUGAGCAAGGCCAGAAACGCAACGAAGAGGAACGUAUCAAGUGGAUACAACAGACGGAAGAAGAGAAGACCAAGCGAGUGCAAGCCGAGCGCGCAUGCUCACUUGCAGGUAUUCCGACAUUUUACGUCAAAAUAGUUGAAGAGAUGAACCGGACCAUCGACGACAUUCUGUAUGAGCAUGGGAUUAACGUAACCAAGGUGGAAGUGUUGAUGGAGUGCCUUGAGCAUAUGGAACAAUAUGACGAGGUCCAGAAAGGCAUGGAGGCUUUUCAGGCUUCCAAAAACGCACACGGCACUGAAGGACAGCAUCAGAUUCCAGUUCCACGCAUGACGUCGCAGGAACUCAAGAUGCGACUUGCUCGAGGCCCAGGACAACCACCACGUCCAGGCGGUGCUUGGGGGUAUAUGUCUUGA